CCUGUAUAAUGUGUCAUAUAUUUUGUAAAGUGAAACUGUUUAAAAAUAUCGUUUUUGGUGUAAUUGUGUUAAAUAAUUGUUCUAUUAUUGAUAAUUGUGCGUUAUCCACGUUAGAUCCACAUAAAUUUCAUGAAAUACGUGCUGGUUUCAACAGCACAAAUGUGAUUUGAGAUGAAACGUAGCGUUUCCAGCGCUCCUCGGCCGGACGCUACGGGCGCUCCUUCGGCAGCGCAUUCAGGUGCAACUGUUUUAACAAACACACCAAAUCAACAGAGCGCAUCAUCAAUACGUGCACACGAAUCACCGCCAAUCACACAAUCGAAUACAAAUCCAAAUAAUCCACAAAGUAGUACACAAUCAACGGUAUCGGCAUAUGCGGGUAUAUUACCCCAUGGAACACAAAUACAUUCGACAGUGCCUAAUCCAAAUUCAGUAUCAACACCAUCAGUGGUACACAUCACCAAUGCAAAUAUAAAUCAAAUCAUACGUCCAAUUGCAUCGAGUGGAGCUACUGCUACUGGUAAUCCAACAAUUCAUACUUUGGCUUCAAAUGUUGGUAUAAAUUUAUCAGCACUUGGCACACCUGUUACGAUACCUGCAUCAGCGGUCAGUGCUGCACAACAAAGUGGUGCAACCAAUCUUAUUAUACAUCGUCAAUCAACAAAUAAUUCUAAUAACAAUACAACUGGUUUAGUCCAAAGUGGUACAACUGUUAGUGGUGGUGCUCAGGUAUCAUCUAGUAGUAACGUAGGUGUAGGUGGACGAUUUAGUACAGUGAUACCAACAUCAUUACAUUUAAAUAAAGUUAGUAACAUAGCGAAUAUCAAUCAAAUAACUGUUAGUCAAGCGACUGCAGCACAAAUACAAAUAGCAACUGGAACAACUGGUACUGGCCCAAGUGGAGGUGGUGUUACAAAUCAUAGUGUAUCAAAUACUACACCACCAUCUACUGUUACAUUAGGACAGCAUCAAGUUGUAGCACCUGGGUCAAGUGUUGCUAUUGCUACACAACUAGUCACAACAUCAGCAACACCGCAACAAUCCAAUCCAACACAACAGCAUCAAAUUGUAUAUUCACCAAGAGUACAACAAACUGGUCGUCUUGUCCAGACCACUCAACAAAGUGCUGGUUCGAAAUUAACAAACUCAAAUAGCGCAUCAGCUGAAACAAUGCAAUCAUUAGCACAGUUUCAAACCACAGCUGUUGCAUAUACAACAGGUGGACCAUCCGGACCUGGGAGGCCACCAUCAGUACCUGUUAGUACACAGCCACAAUUAUAUUCCACGGGCAAAGAUCCAGUUAUACGACAUAAAGUUCAAAUGGCUUCUAUUACACAACAACAAACAGUUAGUGGGACAGGCCCACAAAUUAGUACAACAUCGAGACGUUUAAAGGUAGAAGAUGCGUUAUCAUAUUUGGAUAAAGUUAAAUAUAAAUUUGGUGAUCAACCACAAGUGUACAAUGAUUUUUUGGAUAUUAUGAAAGAAUUUAAAUCAGAAAGUAUCGACACACCCGGUGUAAUAACACGAGUGUCAACACUAUUUAAUGGACACCCAGAAUUAAUUGAAGGAUUUAAUACAUUCCUUCCACCUGGAUAUAAAAUUGAAGUGAAACCAAGUAAACAAGGGAAUGCAUAUCAGGUGUCUGUUAGUAUUCCAUCACCUACGCAAAGUACAGCUACUGUUGUGCAUACCCAACAAGGUAUUGCAAAGAGUGGUUUAGCAUCACCACCGAUGAACACCACACAAAUACAAAACAGUAGUAGCCAUCCAACCGGCGGUGGUAACACCAAACAAGGUGGUCAGCUAAUGCAAAUCGUACCAAGUUCAACAAUCAUACACACAACAAUACCAUCAAAUUUGACGUCAGUGUCAGGCGGAGGUGCUGGUAAUCCAUCAUCUACACAUUCACAAGGUGGUGCUAUAGCCGCGGCAGCUGUAACAACUCCAUUACCUCAACAAAUACAUCAAUCGGUUUCAGCUGGUGCAACUUUACCACAAACCAGCCCUGUACAUUUAUCGACAUCAACACCAGUGAAUAUGCAUCAUGCAGCAUCAUAUCAAUCGAAUGUGAAUUCGACAGCAUCGUCCAAUGUACCAAGCAAUGUAUCACAUAGCAAUAAUAAUGUGCAUCAUAUUACACAGACCCAAGCUGUAUGUCAAGUAUUAUCACAAGUGGAUCAAACUAGUCAUACAAAUCCACAAAAUCAACGUGUUGAAUUCAAUCAUGCAAUCAAUUAUGUGAAUAAAAUAAAAAAUCGUUUUCAAAGUCAACCAGAUCGGUAUAAAAAAUUUUUAGAAAUAUUACACACGUAUCAAAAAGAGCAACGUAUCAUGAAAGAAUCGAAUAACACAACCUCAUCGUUAAUUAAUUCAACUGGUGGAACAAACAAUAAUAUAUCGAAUAUUACAUCUGGGGCUGGUAUCCAGACAUCGUUAAAUAAUAACGAUUCAAUGUUAAAUGUUUGUGGUGGUGGGGUUAAUGUUACAACGUCAUCGUCACAGCAAUCUGGUGGAAUGAUUGGUGGUAAACAUUUAACAGAGGCUGAAGUCUAUAGUCAAGUUGCUAAAUUAUUUGAGAAUCAAGAGGAUUUAUUAGCGGAAUUUGGACAAUUUUUACCGGAUGCAACUAGUAGUUUGUCAAACAAAACAUUAUCAACAAACGAUACACAUAUUGUAAAAAAGCCAUUAAUAAAACCAUCGUACAACAAUUCAAUGCGUGAACGUGAACGAGAACGUGAAAAUCGUGAACGUGAGCAUCGAGAUCGAGAACAUCGUGAACGUGGUAGUGAUCACCGUAGCGAUACACUUGAUCAUCGCGAUCGUGACCAUCGAGAUCGAGAACGUGAUCGAGAUCGUGGUGAUCACAGAGUUGAUCGUGGCGGAGGUAGUGAUCGUGAUCGUAGUAGUAAUAGUUUAACAUCCACACAAAAAUAUGGACAUACAAGUGGACAAAUCAAACGUUCACCACCAUAUAUAUCAUCCUCAUCUCAAGGUGGUGCUACCGGGGGCGGUAUGUCAUCACAUCGUGAUGGACCUCCAUUAAAGAAACAUAAAAUUCCAUGCUUACGUGAUGUUAGUUUAGCUGAAGCUGGUAAAUAUGGAACAUUACACGAUUAUGCGUUCUUCGAUAAAGUGCGUAAAGCGUUACGUUCGCAAGAAGUGUAUGAUAAUUUUUUACGUUGCCUAGUUUUAUAUAACGAAGAAGUGAUAUCACGUAGUGAGUUAGUACAAUUAUCCGGUCCAUUUUUGGGUAAAUUCCCUGAACUAUUUAAAUGGUUUAAAGAUUUUAUUGGUCAUAGCGAUAGUGGUGGCGUUGAGCCAAUACCAAACAAUGUGGCACGCCAAGAGCGACCUCAAGGCGAUAACGCAUUAGAAGUUGACUUAACCACAUGUAAACGUUUAGGUGCAAGUUAUUGUGCGCUACCGAAACCACAUACGGAUACAUACAGUACUACAUUAUCAUCUUCAGCCGUUCUACCAGGUGCAGGGGGAGUACAUCAUAAUCUAAGUAGUUUACAAGGUUCACGAAGAUGUUCUGGUCGGACACAACUAUGUCGUGAAGUAUUAAAUGAUACCUGGGUAUCAUUCCCUACAUGGUCUGAGGAUAGUACAUUUGUUACGAAUCGUAAAACACAAUUUGAAGAGUAUAUUUAUCGUUGCGAAGAUGAAAGAUUUGAAUUGGAUGUUGUUAUUGAAACAAAUGCAUCAACAAUACGUGUAUUAGAAGGUGUAUGGCGUCGUAUUCAAAGAUUUAGUGCUGAUGAGUUAGCACGAUUCCGUUUAGAUGAUACAUUAGGUGGUACCAGUGCUGUGCUACAUCAGCGUGCGCUACGACGAAUUUAUGGUGAUAAAGCAGCUGAUAUUGUUGAUGGAUUGAAACGAAAUCCUGGUGUUGCUGUACAAGUAGUUUUAAGGCGGUUACGUGCAAAAGAAGAAGAAUGGAGAGAGGCGCAAAAGAGUUUUAAUAAAAUAUGGCGUGAACAAAAUGAAAAGUUUUAUUUAAAAUCGUUAGAUCAUCAAGGUAUUAAUUUUAAGCAGAAUGAUGUAAAAUCGUUGCGCUCAAAGAGUUUAUUUAAUGAGAUUGAAACUCUGUACGAUGAACGACAUGAACAACAUGAAGAAGGUGCCACAUCAGCAUCAAUUGGUUCAGCGCCUCCAAGUGGACCACAUUUAAUAUUAUCGUAUGCAGCACACCUAACACCAAAUAGUUCAAUACCAGCAAAUCCAGUAAUAUCUGGUAAUAAUUUAGCAACACAUCGUCUUGGACCAAUUGAACGGAGUGUAUUAGAUGAUGCCGCUGGUUUAUUGAUACAUCAUGUACGAAGACAAACUGGUAUACAAAAACAGGAGAAAGCAAGAAUCAAGGCAUUGUUGAAACAAUUUAUUCCAGACUUAUUUCAUCAUCCACGACAGCAACUUAGUGACGAUGAACGGGAUGAUGAUGAUGAUCGUGAUGAUAUGGAUGUAGAAUCAAAUUCCCGAUCGAGUCCAAGUAAUAUCGCUGAAACAAAAUCAAAUUCAAAAUCUUCCAGUAACAGUCCACGAGAUACAUCGAGAAAAACACCGCCAAACGAUUCCACAGAAGAUACAAAAGUAAUACCAAUGGAUAUUGAUGUGAAAAAAGAAAUUGAUAUGGAUGAUAUAACCAUUAAAACCGAAGAUGAUGGUACAGGAGUUAAUAAAUUUGAAGAAGAUCCGGAUGAAUAUUACACCUUAUUCAUGGCAAAUAAUCAUUGGUAUUUAUUUUUACGGUUACAUGCUGUAUUGUGCUCACGUUUAGCAACAAUGCACGCGCACGCACAACGUUUAAUUGCACAGGAACGUGAUGAGCGUUCAAGACGUAAACAAUCAACAGCUGUUGCGCUCAAAUUAAAACCACAACCAGAAUAUGAAGUUGAACAAUAUUAUCCAGCGUUCCUUGAUAUGGUCAAAAAUGUUUUAGAUGGUAAUAUGGAUUCAAAUGCGUAUGAGGAUACCUUAAGAGAAAUGUUUGGAAUUCAUGCGUAUAUUGCAUUUACUCUUGAUAAGGUUGUAUCGUAUGCUGUUCGACAACUUCAACAUUGCGCUACUGAACGUGGUGCAAUUGAAUGUUGUAACAUGUUUUUAAAUGAACGUCGUAAAGCACAUGCCAGUUAUAAUGCAAACAAUAGUCGUAAAGAAUCACUACGUGAUAAAGAUUUCUUCCGUAAUUUAAGUAAAGAUUGUUAUAGUUUAUUACGCACAAAUAAUAGUUUACGUUCUGCUAGUGCUACUGAUCAAUUUACAAACUGUUAUGCGAGUGGUGCUGGUGGUCCAUGUGCGACAGCACUAAGACGUAAACCUGCCGAAAUUGCAUAUCAACGUGCUGCCGAAGCUAAAUUACGUGAUGAAAAUUGCUUCAAGAUUUAUAUUUAUAAAAAUAAUUUACGUGUGACAAUUGAACUAUUAGAUACGGACUCGGAUGAACCAGAUUCACAAAGUGCACUAUCUGAAGCACAAAAACGAUCAAAUUAUAUUGAACGAUUUGCCAAUGACAGUAUUUCAACUGGUACAAGUGGAGUUGGUUCAAGUGGAGUUUCUAGUGGUGGUGUGAGUGAUGGAAAAUCAAAUAGAUUGAGUGAUAGUGGUAUUAUUGGUCAAGAUACAAACAAUACAAAUAAAAAUAAUACAUUAAGUGAUAAUAAAAACAAUAAUAAUACUAGUGUUGUAAAUAAAGAUACAGGAUGUACUAGUAGCAGUGUUAGUGAGAAAGGGACAAGAAAACGUUUUGAUAGAAACAGGGAAUCAUUAAGUACAUCAUCACAAGACAUAAAAGAGGAAAAAAAUGUAUCGGAUCAAGAUGAAAGUGAACAUGGGAGUGAAUAUCGCAGUUGGUCGGGUAGAAAAGCAACAUUUUUAAAACGAAAUCUACGAGAUUUUCGACAAAGAGCACAAAGAAACAAUUUAACAUCAAAAUCAGCGAGCGGCAACAGUGGAUUAUCAGAGCCAUCGUCGUCAUCAGGUGUUGUUAACGAUGAUAUACAAUCUGUACAAAGUGGUGAUGAUAUUGAAUUAAUAAAAAGUGAUCAUCAUCUACACCAUGAUUCCAUAAAAGAUUUGGAACGUAAAUUAUCUGAAAAAGGUCUGCCACAACGUAUCACUCACGGUGGUGUGAACAGUAGUGAGUUUGUUGUUGAUGAUAAAACACAGUGUCGUUUUAAUUUAAAUUCGUACAAAAUGGUUUAUAUUGUUAAUAAAGAAUCAUAUUUAUAUAAAAAAGAUGCAUUUAUGAAGGCUAAAGAGUGUCAUCCACAAGUGACGAAACAUUUAAGUGCACGUUUUCGUGUUUGGCACAAACGUUGGUUAAGUGCAAACGUAACAGAAAGUCAACAAAAAGCCGCGUGUGAUUGGUUAAUGGGUCGUACAGAUGGAUUAUGUGCAAAUAGAACACGUGUGAUUACAAACAAUGACAUACGUCGUACCCCAUACACCACUUAUAAUCGGUAUCGUGUUGAACGUUUAGUGUCUACAAGUGAUGCUGACAGUGGGUGAUCCAGGCUAUGUCCCACCACAACAAACAAUUGUAGUGGGCGCAUCAAAUAGCAUCGUCAACGUCAAACAUUCACCAGCAGCAGCAUAUUGUAUUUGUGAUACUACCCUCGAUUUUUAUUUUUUUAAAACUAAAACAAACAAAAAAUUAUAAACAGAUCUUAUAUCGUUACUUACUACGCGUUGUAAAUAUUGUAAUUUUUUCUCGGUUGUGUGUUAUUUAUUUAAAAAAAUGUUUAAUGACUUAUACAGGACAAUCUAUCGAUUGCAUUUUUUUUCGUAUGUGGUUUACAGUAUAUCAGUCCUCUUAAAUCAUACUCUCCCCUCUCCUCAAAUCCUCUUUCAUAUAUCCAUAUAAAGUGUUUUAAUUUAUCCAUAAGUCCGUUGAUCCCGCAUUUUUUCAUAAUCUUUUUUUUUUUUAAUAUUGUAACAAAAAAAUGUAAAACUAUAAGUUUUUACACAAAUGUUGUGUUAAUCAUUUAAG